AGCCAUUUUGGCACGAAGCGGGCAUUGCUGCAUUCAACAGGCCCCCCCUGAACGCCUGGCCAUCAAUGGCAAAGGGAAAGGGGAAGGACGCCUCAAGGCAAGGCCACACCCUGCCUCGGACCCGGGUGACCGCAGAGAAAUUUACUGGCGUUGUGGUCGCGUGGAAAGGCAAGUUUGGGUGGAUUAAGCCUGAUGAGGAGGUCGAACACGAGAAGGCCAGCAUGAGGACCGGGCACCGGGCAGGGCGCCCGAGGCAGCUUCUCUGCGUUCAGAGGGGAGCCGAGCUCAGAGCCCAGAUUUGCAGCCUAACGUGCAAGGUCGGGUCUCCCAUUUGCAGCUGGGUUUUCACUUAGGAGCCGAAGCUUUGGCCAGCCAGCCUUGAGUCUCCCCCUCAGUUUCCCACCUUCCCUUUUAGCUCUCGACGUCUGAGCUGGUACUCUCCUGCUGCUUCUGCUCCUGGUACCCUUCACGUCCUCCUACUCAUCGUCCUCGUCAUUAUACUGUCGUGUAUGCGGGCGGUACCCUUCCUUUUAUCGUAU